AUGGCGGCGGUCGCGGUGGCCACAUUUUUCCCAUCAGGGCGGGCAGAAGGCGCAUAUCGAUGGGAGCCGACCCAGCAAUCGACGACAACUGGCUGGGCUGAGGAAGAUGUGCGCAUCCGCUUGCGCAUGAUCGCCCGCGCCUGGGAAUCCGCUUCACACAAUGCUCAGAUUUCAUCCCAUCAUCGACGAACCCUCAAAACCACAUGCAACAUCUCAACUCCGUUGAAAGCACCAGAAUGCGGCCCGCGAUGGUUGCGACGAUUUGAAGCGCCCUCUGAACCGUCUGAGCCAUGCGAGCAAGUCAUGGAUCCGACGAACACUGGCGGUUUUGCAAGUCGACGACCAUCAGACUUUUCCUUCUUCACCCAACCGCAAACUUCAAGUGCAGAACAACGACAGCGACGUAACGGCGACGCCAUAUUUAGCGAUCCCACACGCGACUUUCUCAUCGACUUCGGUUCCGAGGAAGGAUUCAUGCAAGCGGCGAAGAAGAAGAACAAGAAGGCCCCAGCCAAGGCGCCGGCGGCAAACAACAAUAACGAUGACGAUGGCGCGAAGAAGGAAGACGAAGGCGCCGGCGAUGGAGGUGAUCAAGGCGGUGACGCAGGUAACGACGGCGGAGCUGCGGGCGACGGCGAUGGAGGCGACAAAGAGACACCGCCACCAGCAGACGAUCCUCCUCCGGAAGAUGACUGGGGAUUCGCAACCACGAAAUCCAAGAAGAAGGGCAAAAAGGCUGACGAACCGGCACCUGAUUCAUUCGAUGAAAUAAAACUGGACGACAUAGGCAGCGGCAACGGGUCGCUAGACAUCAAUUUCGGCUCGACGGAGACCAAGAAGUCAGGGGGGUUUGGUUGGGGAUUGGGAGCGUCAAAUUGGACAACAACAGGCACGGGACUAGGGAACACAUGGGAUUGGUCUGGCGCUAACAAGAAUGCAGCCACAAGUACGCCGGCAGAGGCAAAGGAAGACGCCGAUUCAAAUCCAUGGGGCUCCAAAAGCAAAACGAAGAAGAAAAGCACGACACUGGGGUUUUCGUUCGGCGACGAUACACCAGCUGACCCGGAACCGGCACCCGACCCGCCGCAGGAGAAAGAGGAGAAAGAUGACCCGUGGGGUUUCGGCACUGCGACUACAAAGAAAGACAAGAAGAAGAAGAAAGCCAGUAUCUGGGAUGCGGUGGAAGAAGAUAAGGCUCCUGAACCAGCCAAGGAGGAGACACCUGCAGACGACCCAUGGGGUUCGUGGGGCGGUACCACCAAGAAGGGGAAGAAGGACGACCCUCCCAAAGAGGAGCCGAAAGACGACCUGUGGGAUACCUGGGGACUUGGUAAGAAGAAGAAGAACAAGGACGAGCCGGCCCCUGAACCAAUCCCUGAGCCGGCGCCCGAUCCGCCAGCCUCUAACGAGGAUCCUUGGAGUUGGGGAACAUCAUCGGGGAAGAAGAAGAAGAAAGGUCUAGUCGAACUUGAACCUGAACCUCCCCCGGUGGUAGAACCAGAGCCGGAACCCACCCCGCCGCCAGAACCCACCCCGCCGCCAGAACCCGAGCCAGAGCCCGUUGAUCCUUUCGCAGGCUUGACCAAUUCACAGAAGAAGAAAAAGAAGAAGGAGAUGGCUGCCGCCGCCGCUGCUGCCGAGGCCGAAGCUGCUAAAGCCGCCGAGGCCGCCGCCGCCGCCGAAGCGGAAGAGGCUGCCCGAAAGGAAGAGGAGGAACGACUAGCAAAAGAGGCCGAAGAGCAAGCCGCCAAAGAAGCAGCAGAAGCCGAAGAGGCGGCGAAAGCAGCGGAAGCCGCCAAAGCAGCAGCUGCGGACGACUUUGGAUGGGGUGUAUCAACUAAAACCAGCAAGAAGAAGAAGAAGGGCAAAGCUGAACCAGAGCCCGAACCGGUUCCUCCUCCACCCCCUCCAGCCCCUGAACCAGAGCCUGAGCCAGAGAAAAAGGACGACCCAUGGGGCUUUGGUACCGUGACAUCCAAAAAGGACAAGAAAAAGAAGAAGGGCCUUCUUGCCGAACCUGAACCCCCCAAGGAACCGGAACCUGAACCCGAGCCGGAGCCAGUACCGGAGCCAGAGCCUGAACCGGAGAAGCCAGCAGAAGAUGACUUUUGGGCCACUUUGACAGGAUCCAAAAAGGACAAGAAGAAGAAGAAGAGCAAGACUGCCGAUCCCGAGCCGGAACCCAUUCCUGAACCUGCGCCCGAGCCUCCUGCUGCUGAUCCAGAGCCAGAACCACCAGCGGACGACGACUGGGCAAGCUUCGGCCUUUCCAAGAAGGACAAAAAGAAGAAGAAGGGCAAAUUGGCGGACCCCGAACCCGAACCCGAGAUUGUACCAGAACCGGCGCCUGAUCCCCCAGCCGAGGAAGCGGAGCCGGAACCUGAAAAGAAGGAUGACGACGACUUCUGGGCCGCUGCUACUAGUUCGAAGAAGGACAAAAAGAAGAAGAAGGAGGCCGAAGCUGAAAAGUCCAAAGACGACUCUUGGGGCAUCUGGGGCCUUUCCUCUAAGAAAGAUAAGGAGAAGGAGAAGGAGAAGGAGAAGGAGAAGGAGAAGGAGAAGGAGAAGGAGAAGGAGAAGGAGAAGGAGAAGGAGAAGGAGAAGGAGAAGGAGAAGGAGAAGGAGAAGGAGAAGGAGAAGGAGAAGGAGAAGGAGAAGGAGAAGGAGAAGGAGAAGGAGAAGGAGAAGGAGAAGGAGAAGGAGAAGGAGAAGGAGAAGGAGAAGGAGAAGGAGAAGGAGAAGGAGAAGGAGAAGGAGAAGGAGAAGGAGAAAGAGAAAGAGAAGGAGAAGGACAAAGAUAAGGAGAAGGAAAAGAAGAAGAAAAGCAAGGAGGCCGAUAAGGAAGCCGAGGAACCGAAGGCUGAAGUGGUCGAAGAGGAUGAAUGGGCCGGCUUGAGCAAGUCGGACAAGAAGAAGAAGAAGAAAGAUGCCAUGGCCUUGGUUGAGUUUGGCGGAGAGGACGAGCCUACCCCUGCCGAGGAAGCCCCUCCUGCCGUGCCAGAUAUUGCCGACCCCCUGGAUGGCGGCGGCUUCUUCAGCUCAUGGAACAUCGGCGGUAAGAAAGACAAGAAGAAAAAGGGAGCCGACACCGACGAAGGUGCUUCUAUGAAGCCCGAUGCAAUCGAGGAGCCCACAGAUGACAUCUGGGGAACCUCGUCCUCCAAGAAGAAGAAGGAUAAAUCCAAGAACGAGCCCAUUGAAGUCGUGGACGAGGAGCCCAACGUGGAUUCCGUACAACCGGAUUCCGUCGAGGAGACCAAAGACGACGAUGACUGGGCCGGCUGGGGAUCCUCCAAGAAGAAGUCUAAGAACCGUAAGGACAUACUCGCCGACCCUCCACCGGAAGCUCCCACCCCUCCCUCAUUGGACAUGGCUGAGCCUGUAGCAGAAGCAGAACCUGAGAAAGAGAAAUCCAGCUUUUGGGGCGACAUGACCUCUUCCAAGUCUAAGUCCAAGGAUAAGGAUAAAGAUAAGGAAAAGGAGAAGUCCAAGAAAGAGCCCAAGCUGAGCGAGAAGGAGCUCAAGAAGCUCGAGAAAGAAAAGAAGAAGGCUGAAAAGGAAGAGGCAGCGCGGUUAGCCAAAGAGGAAGAGGAGGCUGCCGCCGCCGCUGCUGAGGCCGCUGCCAAGGAAGAGGAAGAACGCCUUGCACAAGAAGCAGAGGAGGCCGCGGCAGCGGAGGCGGCUGAGGCGGCCGAGAAGGCACGAAUCGAGGAAGAGGAGGCUGCAAGGAUUGCGGACGAGGAGGAGCAGUUCGCUGCCUUGGAGGCCAAGAAGCUCAAGAAGGGCAAGUUGACCAAGAAGGACCAGGGUGUUUACGACACGCUCAAGGCAUCGAUCGACGAGCGCGCUGCCGCAUCCCAAGCUGCUGCGGAUGCCGAAGCCGCCGCCGCCGCCGAAGCUGAAGAAGCCGCUCGCAUCGAAGAGGAAGAGCGACUCGCCAAGGAAGCCGAAGAAGCUGCUGCCAAGGAAGCCGAGGACGAAGCUGAAGCAGCGGAGAAGAAAGCGAAGAAAAGCUCCAAGUCGGAGAAGGAGUCCAAGUCUAAGUCGAAGAAAGACAAGGAGAAAGAAAAGGAGAAAGAGAAGGAGAAGGAGAAAGAGAAGGAAAAGAAGGACAAGAAGGACAAGAAGGACAAGAAAAGCAAGGACAAGGAGAAGGAGAAGGAAGAGGAGCCGGAGCCGGCACCAGUCGAGGACGUCGAUAAUGAGGACGAGCUGGCCGACAUUGAGCUGACCGAGGACCAAAUCGAGGAGCUCCUGGCCGAUCCCGAGCCUGAGGAAGCUGCUCCUCCUCCACCACCCCCGGCGCCGGAAGUAAAGCCAUCCAACGAUGCCUUCAGUUUCUGGGGCGUUGGCACUAAGAAGUCGAAGAAAGGUCUAGAAGGUGCGAAUCUCGGUUGGAAUGACACGACUACAUCAUCCGCCACAAACAACGAUGCCCUGUCCUGGAUGCAACCGUCUACGGCUCGAAAGGGCAAAGGAAGCAAGAUUACUGACAGAUUAAAAGCUUUUGAACCGAUCCCGCCGCCAGAAGACGAACCUGAGCCCGUUGAGGAGGAACCUGUUCCCGAGGAGCCAGCACCAGAAGAGCCGGUCCUGGAGGACCCUCCACCCGAGGAACCGGAACCCGCACCACCAACUCCUCCCCCCGUCGUCUUGUCGAAGGAAGAGAGAAAGCGACUGAAGAAGGAGAAGAAGCGCGCUGCCGAAGCUGCAUCCGCGCCUCCGCCGCCACCGCCUCCUCCUGUUGUCGAGGAGCCACCGUUAGUCGACGUUGAAGAACCAGCUGACGAGAACAAGUCUUCGGAGCCGCCUGGAGCUUUCCCCGUCGAAGAGGAUGAGAACGAGAUCAUCGAAGUGAUUGAAAUGCCAGUGGAGAAGAAGAAAAAGAAGAGUAAGAAGAACAGAGAUAGGGACAUACUCGCCGAGGAAGUCCCUCCUCCACCAGCUCCACCACCGCCUCCGGCCGUCCCUGAGGCUCCUGAAGACCCUGUGCCUGAGGAAGAACCCGCCGCCGAGGAAGAGCCCAUCUCACCUCCGCCUGAGCCGAAGUCGAGCAAGAAGGACCGGGCAAAAAUCAACCGAGAAGGUUCCUCGUGGGGUAUGUGGUCGGCUUCACCUCGCGAGAAGGAGAGAGAUCGUGAUCGUGAUCGCGACCGCGAACGUGAUCGUGACCGCGACAGAGACCGGAAAUCCAAGUCAAAAUCCGAAAGACGCGAAAAGAAACACGCUUACGGCGACGAGGAAAAAGUCAAGACUUCCUCCAAGGGUUCAAGCUCCGGCAAGGGCGACCGUGCCGAUAGAGACGUUGAGACACCAGCACGGCCGAAACUCAUGUCGAUGUUCAGCACCCCGCCCAUUUCCCGGACGACAUCCACCCGGGACCGGCGACACAGACCGUCCCGUCGUCAUUCAGUCGACGCGAGCGGGUUGGUGUCGCCACCUCCCGAGGAAGCCCCUCCACCUCCCAUGUCCUCCAAAGCCGCCAAAGUGCUUGGAGUCGACAAGUCCAGCAGCAGGCGCCGCAAGCGCGAUCAUAUUGUGGACGAAGACAUUGUCAUGGUCGGCGCCAAUGGUGACGGCGAGGACGGCAGCCCUCCCAAGUCAUCACGUCGACGAUCUAGAUAUGCUAAAGACGAUGACCUUGUCAUGGUGGACCCCGAUGGCCCUUCCGAGCCACCACCGAUGAAACGAUCCAGCUCGAGUGCGAAGAAGGGUCUAGGAGGCCUCUUCAGUGGCCUCAGAACACCCAAGACGGAGCGUCCGGACCCGUUGCGAAGGCGACACACCUAUGCGACCGAUGAUGACACCAGGCGCGAACGCCGUCAACGAUCCCAUGCCGAUGCAGACGAAGCUGACCCCGCAGCGAUGACCGACAUGGACCAAGAGGCUCGCCGCGCUGCUCGCCGUGCUCGUCGCGCAGCCAGAAAUGCUGAGGCGGCCGAGGCCGAGGUCGUCGAGCCGGACCCCGAAGAGGCACGCCGCGCCGCCAAAGAAGAAGCUCGGCGCGAGCGCCACCGUAGGAGAGACGAAGAGGAUGCCGAAGCGCGCAAGCAGCAGGAGAAAGAGCUCAGACGUGCAGAGCGGCGUGCGGCUCGCUCUCGCGGGCACCGUGACCAACGCGAGGAAGAGGAACGGAGAAUGGCCGAAGAUAGGGAGGCUGAGCGUGCCGAACGGCGAAGAGCACGGAAGCAGCGCGAGGCCGCCGCGGCAGCGGAGGCUGACGCAGAUGCUAGACGCGCAGCUCGGGAAGAACGCCGACGAGCCCGCGAGGCUCGCGAUCGCGAAGCGGCGCCGCCGCCACCGCCGAUGGACGAAGAAGCCCGCAGAGCCAGGAAGGAAGCCAGGCGUGCUGCGCGUGCCGCGGCCGAAGGCACCGACGCGGAAGAGAUGUAUCACCACCGCUCCAGCCGGCGAACCCGGGAGUCCGGGGACGAAGGCGUGCACUCCUCGCGACACCGGUACAGACGCAACGAGGAGUCCAAGCCGGCGUGGCCCCACUCCGGAACGUCAUCGUGGGUCAAGGAGCACACCGACGCCGGCCCGCCUCCGGACGAUGGCGGACAGCAGACUGACGCCGUGCCCCAGACCGAAGAUGAGGCACGUCGUGAGCGGCGCGAGCGCCGUCGCAGGGCCAGGUACGAGGACGGCACCGCCGACGAGGCCGAUGAUCGCCGCCGCAGAGCCCGGCGCGAAGAGCGUGAGCGUCGGACGUACGGCGGUAGCGGGGGUGCCGGAGGCGGCGGCGGCUCCGAGGGGAGCGACGAGCGGCGUCGGCAGGCCAUGUUUUCCGAUGCGACGGCUACGCCGCGGAGUAGCUGGUGGAGAAAGCUGACCGGUUGA